CAGAAGUGCCUGGGAAAUCGUCUAGACUCGCUGAAUGACGGUGACUCAAACGAUAAUGAUCUUGUAAGGAGGAGGGACCGCGCGUGUGUGUUUUGGGGCGGUCUGUGUAAAGCAUAGUCUGAAAUGCGUUGCUAUAAAUCUAAGGACUCUUCGAGCGUAGGUUACACAGACAGUUGCAUUAUCCAUAUGGCUCAAGGUGAGACUUUCGAGUUGGCAAUGGAGCAGGGGCAUAUGCUGCAAGUGUUGAUGCGCCAUUGCCAAAACAUGAAGCGUCAAGAAACAAGAUUUCGUUUGGCCACUGCGUUUCUCUUUGCAGCUUUCCUCGCAACUUUGGUUUGGCUGCAAUGUCACCAACAAACUACGAUGCCUCUGGAUGCACUUUCCAGCCCAGAGACUUUAAACACUGAAGAAGGAUCAUCUAAAGGUCACUCUGUUCAUCUUGAACUUUUCAGAAGCCAGAAUGGUUAUUUUCUAAAAGAACAGCUCAUCCAGUGGAUCAUGAUUAAUAAUGGCCUUGACUCUGCAAACUUCAAGCUGAUAAACGACUCACACCUUAAUGUCUUCAGAAAGGGCUUGUACUUAAUCAGUAUAAGGAUUUCUUACCGUAUACUUGAUGAACAAUGUCAGCCUAAUGAUGAUCCUAUUAUUUUAAAGGUCCAGGUCACACAACAGCAUAGCAACUAUUUGGAAGAAAGAGCAGUCAUAACUGGUCUGGAGACUAUGCCUUGUUUAACAUAUUGGGUGCAUUCAAUUUCUUUGAAUAGAGUAAUAAUGCUAGAAGCUGACACUACUCUAAGAGUGACAAUUAACCCAAAAAGUGGCAGAUUUGUGCAAUGGACUAAAAACAGCCACUUCGAAGUCACUUACCUCUAGUACUGGCUUUUUUUUUUUUUUUUACAUCAAUCUUUAAACAAUGGCAUUUAAACACAUUUAUUAGAAGAUGAUUAAGAUUAUUGCCUGAAAUCCUUAGGUUUGCUUAAUUUUAAUCGCCUAUUAUGUAGGUACAUAAAAGCUUAAAGUUACAGAAUAAGAUAUGAGAAUGUAUGACCGCUUUUAUUUUCUAAAUUAAACUGGUAUAUUGUUGAUAGGUGUACACAAUCAACCACAAUGUCGGAAUUGUUAUUAAAUAGCAUGACUACAUGCAUCCACAAGUAAAGAAUAUUUUUAAUAUGUUGAGGAAAUAGCAUUAUUGUUAUGUAUUUGACAUUGUGACACUAUGAUGGUAACUGGUGGAAUAAUGUGCAUGUUUUGUGAACUAUUUUAAUAUCCAUUUUGUAACUAUUUAAUUAAGAUAAUUUUAUUGUCAUCCAUUUGUUUCAGCUCGUUAACUUUUCAAAAACUUUUGUUUUAGGACAGCACUUAAUCUUUUAUAGGUUGGAACCCAUCUUAUCUCCUGUUUGCAAUUUUACACAAAUGUAAUUCAGCAUGAACAUUUUAUUUUGUGGUUCACUCAUAAAUAUGUAGUUUUGUAUUGAAAUCCAGUUAAAUGAUGGAGUUUCUUGAAUGAGCAAGAUGAUUAAACCCAGUGGGCUAAAGCACAUAACUGUUAAUCAGAAGGUCGCUGGUUCGAUCCCCACAGCCACCACCAUUGUGUCCUUGAGCAAGACACUUAACUCCAGGUUGCUCCGGGAGAUUGUCCCUGCAAUAAGUGCACUGUAAGUCACUUUGGAUAAAAGUGUCUGCCAAAUGCAUAAAUGUAAAUGUGUAUAAAAUCAAUAAAUAUA